CAGCCAACUACCUCACUUCCCUCCCUCCUUGUCAUCUCUAUUGUCUCUUCCAGGUGUUCUGUUUGCUUGCUUAGAUUGAAAGAUAUUUCACUGCGUCAGCUAAAACUUUCAUUUCUUCUUCUUCAGAGAAAUCUCUCCAGUAUGGUCCUUCAGGAUCUUGGGCGGCGAAUUAAUGCCGCCGUCAAUGACCUGACUCGGUCCAGCAAUUUGGACGAAAAGGCUUUCGACGAUAUGCUCAAAGAGAUUUGUGCAGCUCUGCUGUCCGCCGACGUCAACGUCCGCCUCGUUCAAUCACUCCGGAAAUCCAUCAAAGCUAGCGUCAACUUCGCAUCUCUGCCCCCUGCAGUGAAUAAGAAGCGCCUGAUUCAAAAAGCCGUCUUUGAUGAGCUAGUAGCCUUGGUUGAUCCGCAUGCUGAGCCCUUCCGUCCCAAGAAGGGCCGAUCCAAUGUGAUUAUGUUCGUUGGUUUGCAGGGUGCUGGUAAAACGACUACCUGUACCAAGCUGGCCCGCCACUAUCAGAUGCGCGGUUUCAAGACCGCCCUUGUCUGUGCCGAUACCUUUCGUGCGGGUGCUUUCGACCAGCUGAAGCAGAAUGCCACCAAGGCGAAGAUCCCAUACUACGGUAGUUUGACACAGACCGACCCCGCUGUUGUAGCCGCGGAGGGUGUCGCCAAGUUCAAGAAGGAGCGCUUUGAAAUCAUUAUCGUGGAUACCAGCGGUCGCCACAAGCAGGAGGAGGAACUUUUCACCGAAAUGACACAGAUUCAGACUGCUGUCACUCCGGACCAAACCAUUCUCGUCCUCGAUAGCACCAUUGGUCAAGCUGCUGAGGCUCAGUCAUCCGCCUUCAAGGCCACCGCAGAUUUCGGCGCCAUCAUCAUCACGAAGACGGACGGUCACGCAGCUGGUGGUGGUGCAAUCUCUGCUGUCGCCGCCACACACACGCCCAUCAUUUACCUUGGUACUGGUGAACAUUUGAUGGACCUGGAGCGGUUCGAGCCCAAGGCCUUCAUUCAGAAGCUGCUGGGAAUGGGUGACAUGGCUGGCCUGGUCGAGCAUGUUCAAGCCGUAACCAAGGACUCUGCUUCGGCGAAGGAGACCUACAAGCAUAUUGCAGAGGGUAUUUACACGCUGCGCGACUUCCGGGAGAACAUCACGUCAAUCAUGAAAAUGGGUCCAUUGUCCAAGCUCUCCGGCAUGAUCCCGGGUCUGUCCAACCUGACUGCUGGUUUGGAUGACGAAGACGGCUCGUUGAAGCUGCGCCGCAUGAUCUACAUCUUUGACAGCAUGACUGCUGCUGAGCUGGAUGGCGACCCCAAGGUCUUCGUCGAACAGCCCAGCCGCAUGGUUCGUGUUGCCUGCGGUAGCGGUACCACGGUCCGCGAGGUGGAGGACCUCCUCUCCCAACAUCGCAUGAUGGCUGGGAUGGCCAAGCGAGUCGGUGGGCAGAAGAAACAGAUGCAGCGCGCCCAGAACAUGCUCAAGGGUGGAAAUAAGGAUCAGCAGCUGGCUGCGAUGCAGAAACGCAUGGCCGCCAUGGGUGGUGCCGGCGGCGGUGGCUUCCCUGGUAUGCCCGGCAUGGGCGACAUGGCAAAGAUGAUGCAAAUGCUGCAGGGUCAGGGCGGUGGUGGCGGUGGCCUGCCGGGCCUCGGUGGUAUGGACUUGCAGAGCAUGAUGAGCCAAAUGGGUGGGUUGAUGGGUGGUAUGGGCGGUGGUGGUGGUGGCGGCGGACGAGGCCGUGGCCGGUGAUCCUGCUGCAUCCAUUGCCAUUCUUUGUUCUUUUGGGUUUCCAUAUUUCCGAGCUCUUUCUCCUAUCUCCUCCUACCUUCUCCCGCACCUUCUUGUCUAUAUCUGUUUCUUUCCCCCCCUUAGUUAUACCUCUCAUGAUUCCGGUUUCCCGCCGGUAUUCGCAGCUCGUUGCUGAUGUCGAUGUCGAUUGUAUUAGCAUAGUCUGGUGUUGGGCGUGUUCUUUUUCUUGGUUUUGCCGGGUCAUUGAAUCAUUCCAUCCCAUCCAUACCAAAAUAAUUCGAUGCGAGAUGGCGUGGGUUGCAUGUAUUGGCCAAAUUGGCUCGUAAAUAAGUCAUUAUCAAAAUACCUCACAUCAUUCCUCUAGGGAGUUUGUUGCUCAGUACAAAUGCUUCCAACCUCCG